CGGGGCAGCGGAGGACGGAGGCGGUGACAGGUCGCGCGGCCGGUCGGUCGGUCGAACUGGCGCGCGCGCGCGUCCCCCCUUUCCCAUGGAGCUGGUGCUGGCGGACGCGCUGCUGGGCCUCGCGCAGAGCCCGGACCCCUGCGCGCUGCUGCGGGCGGUGUGCGGCGGGGAUGGGGCCGCCCCGCUCUCCGUGGAGCGCGUGGAGACCCUCCGCUUCCUGCUGCAGUGGCUGGAGGCCGGCGGGGCCGGGGGGGAGGCGCUGCGGCGGGCGGCCUGGGAGGUGGCGCUGGGGCGCUGCUGGCCCCUGCUACGCGGCGGCGGGGGAGCGGCCGGCCCGGAGCGGCGCCGCCUGCUGAGAGCCGCCUGCGGGGCUCUGCGGCUCUGCGCCCGGCUCUGCGGGGCCCAGCUGGCGGCGCGGCUGGCCGGGGAGGCGCUGGCGGCGCUGCGGGCCGAGCCGCCGGGGGCCGGGCUGGGCGCCGAGGCGGCGGUGGAGGCGCUGGUGGCCGUGGCCCCCGAGCUGCAGGAGCCGGCCUUGCUGGAGCGGGCGGUGGACGCGGCGCUGGCGCUCGUGCGGGCGGGCGGGCGCGAGGCCGGGGAGGAGGCGGCGGCGGCGCUGGUGGCGGGGCGGCUGCUGCCCGCGCUGAGCAGUAACCGCACCGCCCUGCGGCGGGUCUGGGCGGGGCUGCUGCCGGGGCGCGGGGAGGAGAGGCGGGUGAGCCGGACCCUGCUGGCCCUGACGGCCCUGGCCGACCUGCUGUUCCCCGGCCUAGAGGGGGAUGGCGGCGGGGAGGGCCCGGCUCUGGACGCCCGGCUCUGCGGGGGCUUCUGGCGAGUGCUGCAGGCGGGACUCACCGACGGGGACGGGCUGUGCCGAAAACGAGCCCGCUACCUGCUGAAGCGAGCGGUGGAGCUGUCCGAUCAGCUGCGCACGGACUGCACCUGCCCCCCGGACGAUGGAGACGAACCAAGUCUUUUCUGGUGGUCUGUGGAAAAGAAUGACAAACUCUUGCAAUUUUGGGAAAAUUACAUUUUAAUAAUGGAGACUCUGGAAGGAAAUCAGAUACAUGUUAUAAAGCCAGUCUUACCAAAGUUAAACAGUUUGUAUGAAUAUGCAUUAUCAGAAAAAGGUUGUUGGUUGUUUCACCCAUCAUGGCAUAUGUGCAUUUACAAAAGGAUGUUUGAGAGUGAAAACAAAACUUUGACAAGGGAAGGUGUUGCUCAAUUUCUAGAGAUUUAUGAAACAAAACGUCUUCCAAAUUCACCAGGAUUUUCAGAGUUUAUUAUUGGACCAUUCAUGGAUGCACUUUCAGAAAGUUCUCUCUAUGGCAGAUCACCAGGCCAGUUGAUAGGCGCUUGUCCUCCUUUAGGGAUGAAGUUACAGAAGUUUUUGUCUACUUACCUCACACUCCUUUCAGAAGAAGAAAGACGUAGUUUCCUGUUAAAGUUUAUUCAGAAGAUGACAAGUAGGCACUGGUGUGCUGUUCCCAUUUUGUUUCUGUCUAUGGCACUGGCAUGUAUCCCAUCAUGUAAAGCAUUGGGUACAGAAGGACUUCAUUCUCUAAGAGAUGUCCUACAGUGCACUAUGAUCACACAUCAAAUUUUGUUGCGGGGAGCUGCUCAGUGUUUUCUUCUCCAAACAGCUAUGCAUUUGACUGAUGUGGAGAAAGUGUCACUUCCAGAGAUUUCAAGUUUUCUCAUGUCUCUUAGACCAGAGGAGUCCUUAAGCAGAGGGACUAUACUAUGGAUGGAGCUUUGCGAUUGGCUGUAUACUCAUGACAGAUGCUUCAGAAAGUCCAUAAACUGCCAUGUUGAGCAUCAAGAAAGAUCUUCAUUAAGUGUAUAUGUACAUACUCUUGUGGAAGAUUACCUUAAGGCACCUGCAUCCACAAGAGAAAACUGCUUUAUGCCUGACUGGUUUGAAGCUAAGCUUAUUGCUACAAUGAUUCUGCUGGCUGCAGAUGUGGAAGAGAUGAAGAAUAAACACAGCAAAAAAAGGAACACUGAACGGGUUGAAUUAAAGUCUUUCUUGCACCCUCUUCUGGAUGUCUUGUUGAAACUUGGCACUAAUGCUUACAUACCAACACUGAAAACCGAUAAAAGUUUACAGCUACUCUUGAAGCUAUUACAGACCUGUUUGUUAAAACAGUACAGUCCACAAGAUGAUGUGGUGUUAAGUUUUCUCUCUAAUUCUGUUAUGACUGCUGCAGAAAGUAUACUGGAAUUUAUCCUCAGAAGACUCACUGCAAGUGAGUUGAAUACUGUUUCAGAUCUGGAUCGUUGUAAUUUAUACUUAGCAUUAUUGUCAGAGCUGGUGAAUUUAUGCUCAAACGCUGGCUGGAAAAAGGGGCCCUCCAUUUGGAAUUUCAUCUCUUCUCUGAUAAAUGCCUCUGUUAAAAAUCUGCAGGAGACGGGCAAUGAACAGGAACCAAAGCUUGGAGAACAGAUUCAAAAAGCAGUUAGUAUGGCCUCACUAACUGUGGUUUGUGAGAUUAUUGAUCAGAAACCUGAACUUCAACUUAAAUCUCUACAUGCUGUUGAAACCCUAAAAGGUUUUAUUUCCUCUGUUCAACUUAAUCAAGUAUUAAAGAAGCCUUCUUAUACUGAAGAAAAAAAUAGUUUAUUUGAGGAAUCCACAUCUUCUCAAGGAUGGGGGAAAAUCGUUGCAAGCUAUGUACAUGACCAGUGGGUUUGCCUUCAUUUUAUUUUAAACAAGUAUCAUAAAUGUAUACCAUUGUCAAAUGAUGAGACUCUGGAACUGUCUUUGCUUGCAGUCCAAAGGCCAAUAAGAACUCUACAGUCUGCACUGGAAGCUCUAACUCUUUUGCCUUCUGACCAGGUUUUACCUGUGUUUCAUUGCAUGAAAGUGCUUGUUCCCAAGCUCCUGUGCUCAUCCGAAUCUCUCUGCAUAGAUGCAUUUGAUCUGGCUUGGAAAGUUAUAUCCUCUUUGAGCAACACACAGCUAAUAUUUUGGUCUAAUUUAAAAGCCUUUGUUCAGUUUGUGUUUGACACUGAAGUUCUUGCUAUUGCUGCAAGUAGCAAGGGUCAAGCAUAUUCAAAAAUAAAGGAGAUCAUAGUCAAGCUAGUUGAAAUGUCCACUACAAGAACUGGAGUCUUUAAUACAGUGAUUAGUUAUUGCUGUCAGUCAUGGUUAUUUCCUACGGCUGAUGACACAGGUGCUUUAGAGAAUCCCUUCUCAAAUGCUGGAAAUUACAGUGAACUUAUCACAGAGGCCUGUGUCUUUGGAAUGGUAUUUAGGCGAGACCAAAGACUCAUUCAGGAUGUCCAUGCCUUUGUAGAAAAUCUUGGAGAUGAAUGUGCAGCAAAUGUUGUCACAGAAAGUACAAACAGAGAUGACCAUUAUGUGCGAGUUUGUGCCAUCAAAUUUCUAUGCUGGUUGGAUGGAUCAAAUACAUUGCACAAGAUGUUUAUGGAAGACCUUGUCAUCAAACUACUUGAUAAAGAUGAAUUGGUGUCCAAAUCUAGAACACGCUAUUAUGUGAACUCUUUACAGCACAGAAUGAAAAAUCGGCUGUGGCAAACACUGCUAGUUAUUUUUCCAAAACUUGAUCAGAAUUUUUUGACUGGGACCCUUGACAAGAUAUUUCAGGCUGGAUUUGGUAACAAUCAAGCAUCCAUAAAAUACUUAAUAGAAUGGAUUAUCAUCUUGAUUCUGCAGAGAUACCCCCAGUGUCUUGAAAAAUUUUGGAAUUGUUUCAGCUAUGGUGAAGAAAAGCUUAAAACUAGCAUCUGUACAUUUUUAUCUGUGUUGUCUCACUUUGACAUUAUUCUUGAAAAUACCUCUGAGAAGAAACCAGUUUUGAAGAAAGCUCUUCUUGUUGUUCUACAGUGGUGUUUCAACCACAAUUUCAGUGUUCGACUUUAUGCAUUAGUAGCCCUCAAGAAAAUCUGGGGCAUGUGCAAAGCACUGUAUGUGGAAGAAUUUGAAGCUUUGACACCAGUUAUUGAAUCGAGUCUUCAUCAAGUGGAAAAUAUGCAUGGUGCAGGGAAUGCCAGAAAGAAUUGGCAACGAAUCCAAGAUCAUUUCUUUUUUGCAACAUUUCAUCCCCUGAAGGAUUACAGUCUAGAGACAAUAUUUUACACCCUUCCACGCCUUUCAGAACUAGUUGAAGAUGAAUGGAUCCCACUCUGUAAAUUUACCAGAUAUACUGACAUUUCUUUGCCUGCAGCAUUUCAUUGGUUGCAUUCUCGAACUGAACUUCUUAAUCUAAAACCAAGUGACUGGUCUCAGCAAGAUAUGGGUUCAGAUUUAGUUGAAAUGGAUAACCAAACAGAAUGGACAGAUGUUCAGAAAAAGAUCAUCCCUUGGAAAAACAGUAGUCCUGAUUUAGACCUGGAACUGCUAUUUCAGGACCGGGCAGCUAAACUUGGUAAAUCCAACAGUAGGUUGAUUGUAGUGGCCUCACUUAUUGAUAAACCCACCAAUUUAGGAGGUUUGUGUCGUACAAGUGAAAUAUUUGGGGCAUCUGCUUUAGUUGUUGGCAGUCUUCAUUAUAUAAAUGAUAAGCAAUUUCAACAUCUCAGUGUUUCUGCGGAACAGUGGCUUCCUCUUGUUGAGGUGAAACCAUCUCAGCUUGUUAAUUAUUUACAGCAGAAGAAAACUGAAGGCUACACUAUCAUAGGUGUGGAGCAAACUGCUAAAAGUUCUGACUUGACUGAAUAUUGCUUUCCAGAGAAAUCCUUGUUGUUGCUGGGAAAUGAACAUGAGGGAAUCCCUGCAAACCUGAUUCAGCAUCUGGAUGUUUGUGUGGAAAUUCCUCAGCAGGGUAUCAUUCGAUCACUGAAUGUUCAUGUAAGUGGAGCACUGCUGAUUUGGGAGUAUACAAGGCAACAACUGAUCAAGCAAAAACAACUGAAAUAACUUCAAGAGUCUUGUGCCUUAUUUGUAAUGCAGCUGGAUGGCUUUUUAUGGUGCUGUAAAAUGUUUUUAAACACAUGAAAUAAUUACAGACUCAGGGUGAGUGACAGUUUUUAAAUUUUGCAUGUUAUAUAAUGGUAUUAUGUACUACAAAAUUUGUUUUUAAAUGCCUUAACGUAUUAUCUGAUUGCAUACAACUGUUUUAUUUGGAAUAAAUCUUGUUUGUAUAGUGCUUACAUAUGUGUGGGUCUCUUAUUGCAGUGGAAGCAACCAGAGUUAACAGACUCUUAUCCCCUCGAACACACAACUCACUGACAUUUAACUGUUUCAGACAGUGUAUUUCAAAAUGUAGGGUUUUUACUAUAGCAGUCAUUCUGGUCACAACAGCUGUAGCUGAGGUUAAAAGGGACUUACAUCAUCAGGAAAUGAGGAAGUGGUUUAGGAGUAUGGGAUAAAUCAUGUCUAUAAGUAUGUUAGUGAACAUUUUAAAAACACAGGUUUUAAACACCUAAAUAAUGUUUGCUGAUCCCAGUAAACUCUAUGCUUGGUAAUUUAUCAGGGUGAAUUGUUCAGGUGUAGGGCCCUGUCUUAAUACACAAUGUUUUCUUAAUCCUUUUCCGCUGACAAUUUGGAAAAUGCUGUUAUUAAAGCAGCUGCUAUUUUGCCUAAGGACUACCUCACAAACCUUUACUGGAGCAAAUCCAUUGUGAAUAAUACAGGAGUUGGUUAUAUCACUGCCAACGAAUUAUACAAACAGGGACUUGAUCCUGCUAGUGAAGGCAGGGGGCUGGAUUCAAUGACCUUUCAAGGUCCCAUCCAGCUCUGAGAUACGUAUAUCUCCAUAUUAAAAAAAAAAAAAAGACAUACUAAUGAUUGAGAAAUUGUUCACCUACAAAUCUCAGCUAUAAUUGUGCAGAUGUUUA